CUUAAUUAUAUUAAUCAAGAAAUUUCGGAUGAAGACUUAGAAAACACAAUAGCAGAUAUCAUUUAUGUGAUGUUUACUGAAACAGAAUUGUUUAAUAAUGAAGAGAAUGAACAAGAAUUAGAAAAUUUAUUAUCUAAUAAUAAUAUAGAUAAUUCAUUUAGUAAUACAGAUAUAAUGCUUGAAAAUAUUAUCGAUAUUACUUCAAUCAUAGAUAACUUAGAAUUAGGUCAUGAAUUUGAAGAAGAAGUUGAUCAUGGAACAACAAAUUUUGAUAUUGAUGCAAUGUUAGAUAAUGCUAAUCUAGAAUGA